CUACUGAUAAAGCAACUAUAUAAAUAUCCAGAUGGAUGUUUCAAAACUAUUCAGUUUCAGUUAGAGUACUAAAAUUGAAACAAUAAUGUUUGGUGUGAAAGUUGUUGCCUUAUUGGCUUUGGCACUUGUUGUCUCUGCUACUGACCUCGAAGAUGGUUUGGCCAUCAUGGCUUGCGCCAGAAGAGCCAUUAACGGUGGUGUACCUGAACUAAACAUCCCCAGCCACGAUCCUUAUGUUGUCAUUAAACACAACUUCAGCUGGUCAGGAGAUAUUGGAGUCCUUCUUACUAAUGCCAAAAUCAACUUCCACGAUAUGACCUGGGCAGGACUUGGCACCUGGGAAUUGAAAGCAACUCAACAAAGCAAGGAUGUCGAUAAAAAUGCCGUCUUCGAGUUCGAACUCUGGUGGAGACAAAUGGAGAUGGGUGGUAAAUACGAUGCAGUAGAAAAUUCAGGAUUCAUCCACCAAGAACAACACGGAGGUUUCUCGAUGUUAAUGAAAGAUACCGCAUGGAGAGGUUCCAUCGACCUGACCAAACCAAAUGAACAAAGCAACGGUACCGUCAACAGUGUUAAAAUCGAUUGGGACGUUAAAGAUCUAGAUAUAACAAUCGAUGGAUUGGGACUCAUUGACAGACCAGUUGCUGCAACCCUUGCAACCGCCUUCAAGGCCGGUUUAAACAAUCACUUGAUUAGAAACGCAGUUGGAGAUUUCAUUAAAAUGAGACUCGAAACCAUAUGGUGGAACACUGGAAAAGUGUGGGACCUCGUCCAAUGGUGCAAAGACCACCCAGCUACUUCUACCGAUUAUUAAAAGUUUAAUUAAAUUGGAAUAGAAACUUAGUUCGAUUGUAAUUUUUAUUAAAUAAAUUUAUUGAAUAUA